AUGUUGGGUUCCAUGGAUGAUGGAGAGAUAAGCAUAUCGGCUUAUGACACAGCAUGGGUUGGUCUUGUUGAAGAUAUUAAUGGAAGUGGUGUUCCUCAAUUCCCGAGCACCCUUCAAUGGAUUGCAAAUAAUCAGCUUCCCGAUAAUCACCCUUCAAUGACCUUUUCAGCUUACGAUCGGAUUAUCAGCACAUUAGCUUGUGUAGUUGCAUUGAAGAAGUGGAAAAUUCAUCCUCAGCAAUCAGAAAAGGGAUUGUCAUUUCUUAAAGAAAACAUAUGUAAGCUUGAAGUUGAAAAGGCUAAGCACAUGCCAAUCGGGUUUGAAGUGGCAUUCCCUUCGCUUAUCGAUAUAGCUCGAAACUUCGGCAUAAGAGUUCCAGAUGAUUCUCCGGUCUUUCGAGAAAUCUAUGCCAGGAGAAAUCUCAAGCUCACAAGGAUACCGAAGGAGAUAUUGCACGCCGUGCCCACGACACUACUUUAUAGCUUGGAAGGAAUGCCAAAUUUGGAAUGGGAAAAGCUGCUACGAUUACAGUGCCUAGAUGGGUCCUUCUUGUUUUCUCCAGCCUCCACUGCUACUGCACUCAUGGAGACUAAAGAUGAUAAGUGCCUGAGAUAUAUAAGCAAAGCUGUUGAAAAAUUCAAUGGGGGAGUUCCAGGUGUUUAUCCGAAGUCCAAAAACUUCAGUGGCGAGUUCUGCUGGUACAUUGGACAAUCCAACCAGGCUGUUAGUGGGAUGUUUAACCUUUUUAGGGCCUCCCAGUUGUUAUUUCCAGGAAAGAAGAUACUCGAGGAUGCCAAGAACUUUUCAUCCCAAUUCCUAAGGGAAAAACAGGCUAAUGAUGAGCUGAUAGAUAAGUGGAUUAUAACUAAGGACUUACCUGGCGAGGUGGAGUAUGCACUAGACGUUCCAUGGUACGCCAGCUUACUUCGUCUGGAGACAAGGUUCUACUUAGAACAAUAUGGCGGUAAAGACGACGUAUGGAUCGGCAAAACCUUGUACAGGCUUGCUGGUCUAGUGGUAGCCCUACGAACAAGUAAACCUAAUCACCACUCCCAUCCAACCCCCGGAGCGGGGAGGCCAAGGAGGGCGAAGUUGUUCUUGGAGUGA